AUGUCGCUGGCCGCUCCCAAAAUUGCAAUCCUUGGGGGAGGAGCAGCAGGGCUAGCGGCGGCACGUGUCGUACACCGCCAAAGUGGCGGAAAGGUUCGUCCCGUUGUAUUGGAACAAGGAGAUGCAAUGGGUGGCGUAUGGAAUUACCGAGACGAGACGGCAGCUACCAAACCCAUGUAUCGUCACUUACGGACCAACUUGCCCAAAGAAAUCAUGGCGUUUCGGGAACUACCCUGGCCUAAUUUGGAGCCCAAUGCAAGUUUUGUAACACACCGUCAAGUACUGGACUACCUACAUCAUUACCGCGAUCGUUUCAAGUUGGAACCAUUCAUUCGCUACCGCACACGUGUCACGCAUCUACGGAUCCUCUCCGAUCGGGUUGGGGAUACCGUGGAAUAUAUUUCGCAAAGCCGGCUUUCGACUCGGGAAGAACCGUUGCCACGUGUCGAACUCACUACAGAUACCGACGGAAAAGAGUGUAGCGAAGCGUUUGAUGGAGUCUUUGUAUGCAACGGACACUACGGAGUACCGGCGAUUCCUGCUUUGGAUGGAUUGGAACAAUACUUUCGGGGACAAACUCUACACGCCAUGGCCUACGAUAACCCCGACGCCUUUCGGGGACAAACGGUGCUUUGCGUUGGUGGACGAGCGAGUGGAUCGGAUAUUGCUAGGGAACUGUCCGGAGUUUGUCGCCACGUUUUCUUGUCCGAUUCAACGGCGCCCGACGACGCUCCCAUCACCGAGUUUAACGUUACCUGGGUGCCGCCAACGGUUAGGGUACGGGAAGACGGUGCCGUUACGUUCGCUCGCACUGAUUUCGUUGCGAAAAAGGUCGAUACCAUUAUCUUUUGUACGGGGUACGACUACAAUUUUCCUUUUAUUAGCGAGUCCACGUCCAAUCUGGAUUUCGACGCUACAAUUGGAACACGGCGAGUCAAACCCUUGUUUGAGCAACUGUGGCAUGCCACGUACCCAAACCUGUGCUUCGUAGGAUUGCCCCAUUCGGUCAUCCCCUUUCCGCUUUUUGAAUUGCAAGCGGAAGCAGUCUGGUCCUCUUGGACCAAUUCACCCAGCGUUUUACCGGAUCAGAGUGCACGUCAACAACAUGCGGAAGAAGCAGCCGUGUCUGGCGGAGAGGGUAAAGUUGACGAUGGUCGGGUACCGCAGGAUUCGCACUAUUUAGGAUCCGCACAAUGGGAUUACUGCCGACGUUUGGCAAGUUACGCCGACAUAUACGAUAAUCGUAUGGAAGACUUCCUUGUCACCAACAAGACAAUUUACGACCACACUUGGGUGCAGCGUAAGAAUGUCUUUCCCGCCGGCCCCGAUACAUACCGGGAUUAUUGCUAUCAGCGUCUCGAAACGCAGCGAUCGUUUCGACAGUACAGGAAAUGUGAGGCACGUGAAUUGAUAUCACACUAA